AAACCGAAUUUAACUAUAUUCAUUUUCGGAUUACAUUUAUUUAGCAAACGAACUAUAACAUUAUUCUUAGAAAACAAAUGGGAAUUAACAUGUGUAGACACCAAAACAAGCAGCAAGGUUUUGUCUACAACAUUGCCUUCAACUACAGAGAUUAAAGGUGAAAUCCUAAAAUCUCCCAAUUUGAAGAGCUUUAGCUAUGCUGAAUUACAAAAAGCUACAAAGAACUUUCCAUUAGACAGUGUGUUAGGUGAAGGUGGUUUUGGUCGCGUUUUCAAAGGAUUUAUCGACGAACCUCCAUCAAAAUCUGCACCUAAGUCUAAGAAAGACAUGAGAAUUGCUGUAAAGAUGUUGCAAGUAAAUGGUGCUCAAGGCCAACAAGAAUGGCUGGCGGAGAUAAAGUACUUGGGGCAGCUCUGCCAUCCGAAUCUUGUUAAAUUAUUGGGCUACUCCAUAGAACAGGAUCGCCGACUUUUAGUCUAUGAGUUUAUGCCCAAUGGCAGCUUGGAGAGGCAUCUAUAUGGAAGGACUGCUCAAAUUCAUCCACUCUCUUGGGAUCUCAGAAUGAAGAUUGCGGUUGGUAUUGCUAGAGGACUCGCCUUUCUGCAUAAUGUAGCGAAAGUGAUUCAUCGAGAUUUGAAGUCUUCCGAUAUCCUGCUUGAUUAUGAUUUCAAUGCCAAGAUCUCGGAUUUUGGAUUUGCCAAGGAUCGUCCUGACGACAAAUCACAUAUUUCUACGAGGGUUUUGGGUACAGAAGGUUAUGCAGCUCCCGAGUAUACAGCCACAGGUCGUGUUACUACAAAAUCAGAUGUAUACAGUUUUGGAGUCGUUCUACUUGAACUCAUAUCUGGCCGGUCAGCUACAUACCAGUACCGAACCGUGCCAGGCAUGGUUCAAUAUAGGCCAGAAAUGGAUCAAAAUUUGGUGGAAUGGGCAACGCCUUUACUUACAAACAAACGAACAAUAUUUCGAGUGAUGGAUGUUUACCUUGAAGGUAAAUAUGCAUUGAGCGGAGCUCGAAAAGCCGUAAUCCUUGCGACGCAGUGCUUGUCACUACUUCCGAAUCACAGACCUAACAUGGAAGAAGUAAUAAAGGAAUUGGAGCAGAUAUAGCUUUGUAAUCAUAUGUAAUGUUUAUGGAGAAUUAGCCACAUUUGUAAUUAAAGUAAUUAUAGGGUGAGCGAUGGACCUUUGAACUUUGUUUAAUUGCAUUCAUAAAUUAAGUUCAUUAUAAACUAGAGAA